AUGGAAAUUCCUAGUAAUAUCAUCAAUAAUAAUAAUAAUCAUGACACUUUAGAAAUUAUAUUUGAAAAUACAUUAUUAAUAAAUUUAUUAAACAAAUACUUUAAUAAAAAUGGUUUGAUUUAUUAUAAAUUUAAACAUGUGUAUGCAAGACAAACUAGAUUCGUAGGCGAAUUUAUAGAAACUAUAACUAACGAUGGAUUGGAAACUAAAAAUAGUACCAAAUCAACAACUGAUUAUAUAGUUAAAAACAGAACAGCAGCAAACGAACAAUAUAUAUUAUCAAACCAUGACUUUAAUGACAGGUAUGAAUGGGUAGAGGACGUUAGGGGUAUUCAAGAUAGUGCAGGUUUUGAAUGGUCGUUGUACAAACCAAAAAGCACUAGUCAAAUUAAAGCAAUUAAAGUAAAUAAAAAAAUAUUAAUUUAUUUAAUAAAUCAACAUCAACAAGAGCAACAACAGCAAAAAAAAAGAAAUUGUCUUUUACAUUUUAUAAAUAAUAUUAAACUAAAAAACAAAUUAAAAAAAUAUAAAUUUUAUUUAAUUGCUCAAUGGGGAGAGAAGAUGGUGUUUAAAGAGAAUGAUUUUUUAGUAGUCCCAAUUAAUUUAACACCAAACAUAUACAGAAUUGCAAAUAAAGAAUUUUUCGAAACUUAUAAAAAACAAAAAAAUAAAUAA